AAAUAAAGCUUUCGUGUAAAUUGAAAUAAAUUACGAAGUCGAGGGACUAAUCAAGGAGUUAUUCCUUGAGUGUACUAACUACAUAUUUUAUCUGCACUAUCUUUAUUCAUUCAAAACCCCCCAAAAAAAAAAAAAAAUCCAAAAAACAAUUCGAUAAUAAUCUCUGUUUCUCUCGCUCUGCGCCUCUGCCUAGAGAGGAAGAGAACAAGGAACUCAGGUGAACAAACCCUCUCUACCUCCCCCACAUUUCCACUGCCGACCCUCCUACCUUCUCCGAUUUGCAGUUCCGCUGCCGUCGACCUCCGAUUUACUCCCUCCGGCGAUGAUCUGAUCGAUUUUCAGUCAAGCCACUGCGCUUCCUUUUUUGACUUUUUCCUCUCUCUUUCACACCGACCGCCGACGGGCUGCUCGAUUUUGGUUUUGGUCUUUGCUGAUUCUUUUAUUUCUGUGAAAUUAAUGGGAUGAGACUUUUUGUUCGCUAAUUUUCAAGGUCCUCGACGGAGUUUCGGUUUCGGAGGAUUAGGGCUUCAUCGACGCAAAUGGAAGCAUCCGGUGCAAAUUCCGACGCUUACAGAGGUUCCACCGGUGCUUCCACGAAUUCCAGAAGGUAUGGGAUGCUAUCGGCUUCGAAUAUAAUUCAGGCGCCCAUUUCAGCCUUGUUGGAGUACUCGGGUCUUCUCCGGGUGGCCCGCUCAGCUCAUCUAGAAUCCGAGGCCUUGAUCGGCUCUGGAAUUCACAAUCAGAAUCUAGAAAAUUCCUCCGCGACUGCUAAUAAUGGAGAGGUGGCUAUUAGGAUAAUUGGGGGGGCGGACCAGGAGAAUGAUAGAGACGCGUCUGGUUUAGUGGUUGGGCAGGUGAGAGAAGCCAGUCCGCAGGGUGAUGUAUCGCAUGGGUUGGCAUCAUCGGACAGUCAAGGGGAUUUGAGGAGUGACCGUAUGUCCGUAGCGGGAGAAGGGGUUUCACAGUCGGCAAAUGUAGGUGCUGAUGGUGAUGCGGAAGCUGGGGAUGCGGCUGGAGCUAAUAGCAGGGAUUCAUCGUCUCAGAGAUAUGACAUUCAGCAGGCUGCUAGGUGGAUUGAGCAAGUUCUCCCCUUUUCUUUGCUUCUCUUGGUCGUGUUUAUUCGUCAGCAUUUGCAAGGUUUCUUUGUGACAAUUUGGAUCGCUGCUGUUAUGUUCAAGUCAAAUGAAAUCUUACGGAAACAAACAGCUUUGAAGGGAGAGAGGAAGAUUUCUGUUCUUAUUUGUAUUUGUCUUGGUUUCACACUUCAUGUGGUUGCUGUCUAUUGGUGGUAUCGAAAUGAUGAUCUUUUAUACCCAUUGGUUAUGCUUCCUCCAAAAUCAAUACCACCUUUCUGGCAUGCGAUUUUCAUCAUCAUGGUCAAUGAUACUUUGGUUCGGCAGGCGGCAAUGGUCUUAAAGUGUUUUCUGUUAAUAUAUUACAAGAACAGUAGAGGGAGAAAUUAUCGUAAGCAGGGUCAAAUGCUGACUUUGGUCGAGUAUCUAAUGCUUCUUUACCGUGCAUUGUUGCCAACUCCAGUCUGGUAUCGUUUCUUCUUAAACAAAGACUAUGGGAGCCUCUUUUCAUCUUUAAUGACAGGAUUGUACUUAACUUUCAAGCUCACAUCUGUCGUUGAGAAGGUGCAAUCCUUCUUUACUGCAUUGAAGGCAUUAUCACGUAAAGAGGUGCAUUAUGGUGCUUAUGCCACGUCAGAACAGGUAGUCUGGUUUUCCAUCCUUGUGUCUGUGGGUGAAUGACCUGAAUUUUGUGUUUAUGUGAUUUUGGUAUAUAGACUUGCAAGUCAAUAUCCCAUUUUCUUUGGCAGAAAAAGAAUUCCCUAACCUUGUUUCCUUCCUAUUCCACCAACUCUUCCCCCUCGCCCUUCUCUGUCUCAAUCGCCAAUGCAGAAAGUCAAUUCUCAUUGACAUACAGGCUGUUGCAAUGACUUCAGAAAAAGCAUCUAUGAUUGCAGUUUUCCUGUGAACAUACCUGCUCCAUUCUAGAAAGAAAACUUUGGUUCAUACAACUCAUAUUCUCUUGUGUGACUGUAAUAACUUGUCACCUGUCUGAUGUAGGUCAAUGCAGCUGGGGAUCUGUGUGCUAUAUGUCAAGAGAAGAUGCAUGCUCCUAUUUUACUUCGUUGUAAACACAUCUUUUGUGAAGAUUGUGUAUCAGAAUGGUUUGAGAGGGAAAGAACAUGUCCUUUGUGCAGAGCUUUGGUUAAACCUGCAGAUCUCAGAUCAUAUGGUGAUGGAUCGUCAAGUUUGUUUUUUCAGAUGUUUUAGUAUUUUCCACAAAAAAUCAAGAAGUUUUUCUGCUUUGAGGCUUCAUGUACCUAUUCAAAGCCGCCUUCUGAUUAUCAUCUACAGAGGUAAAUUUGACUGUAUUUGACUCUUCGCCGUUCAUGAAUUGUCCAAGAAAAUUAAACCGAAACCACUAUAUAGAAAUCUGGCUCUCCUAUGUUGUAAUUUUUUGGUACCAGGCUCGUAUGUUGUAUUAGAAAUGUUGAAUAUAUGGAAUGGCCCCUAAAAUCCGUAAAUGUCAUUGUGUAACGUGUAAUUUGUAUUGCCAUUAAU